AACCAAGAGCUGACCAUGCAUACCAUUUGGUUUAAGUGGUCUGCAGUAAGCCUCAGCUACUGGCAUGAUCCUUCCAUCCAGCAUUUUAUAAGACUGUCUAAGGAGAAGAAGGCCUCCAGAAUUAACAGAGGAUGUUUUGCUCGAGUCUAUGGCGUCAGUCAGCUGAUAAGGGCAUUUCUGCAGAAGACAGAAUGUCAUUGUCAAAUUCUAAAUCUUGGGACUGGGAUGGAGACCACCUUCUGGAGAUUAAAGCUACUUGCGCCUGCUGCCGCCGUCAGCCACGUACUUGAUGUCACCGGGGCCCCGGUGAAGGAUGGGUGCCUGACUUCUCAUCCUUUGCUGUUACCAACAGGGCUCCUGAUAAAAACCCUUGUCCACGUGUCCUCUGCAUGA